GAGAAGAGCCUGGUUUUUACGACCGAUGUGCGAGGUAUUUUGGGACAGAAUAUUUUGGAAAGGAAAAUAGAGUACAUGAUUAUUGAUCCCGGACGUUUUAUUCUUGACACAAAAUAGCAAGUGAAUGUCUACACUUGAAAAUUGAAGCUAUUCUUCAUAUUUUUCAAUAAAAUGGAGCACCAUUAUGAGCAAUUACCUUCACUACCAAAAACUUGACAAUAUGGUACAUGGACUGAAUGAAGCUCAGCAGGCUUGUUUCAUCGAUGGACUCAAUUGAUGGCACUACUAACAUUAAAAUCUGGUAGAGAAAUACUUCUGAUAUAUUAUCUGGACUAGAUAUAUUUGAGGUACAUAGACUACAGCAUCUGAUGAUAAUAUCUACUUUUGGAACAUCUCCAAUAUAGCUUAUCAGGUCUCUCAAUAUCACGAGGGCUUCCUCUAACUCUGCUUUGGUGAUUUUUUGUAAGGCAACUUUGAUUUUUUGCUUGGAUUCCAUCAUACAGUACCUACAGCUAAAAUAAAAAAAAAUGAAUGUACUUGCCUAUGUAAAUUUCAUUCAUGUUAAAAUUAUACUUAAGAUGUAAGAAUUACUUUUCAAUAUACAAUUCUGACUAAAACUUACCAAACUCUCAAAUAUUUACAAAAAUAUCCAUAACUAGAGUUCAAUUAUUUAAAAAGAAGCCGUUUGAUGACAAUGUCAAAUUAAAAUUGACGCGAUAACACCUGACUUAGCGAGCCAUAGAACAUCUAAGAAAAUAGAUCUGACUGCUACAUAACCUGGAAAGUAGGCCAUAAUGGGGAAGUGACUAGUGGUAUCAAGGCCACGCCUCUUUAACACUACUUACUCUUUGACGACUGAAGCGAUCAACCACGUGAUGCUGUAUGCUUGACAAAUGACAAGGUGUUGACACUGUUGACGUGCAAUAUUCACAAAUUUGAAAUUUCUAACGGAUCAGUUUAACGUCACUUUACGAACUCUACAAAUUUUAUCCUAAAAAUGAUUCCUGUAGACAUUGAAGUAGUAUUAAAACAAUACAACGGGCCCUCAAACAAUGCUACCACAGAUAUAGUGCAAAAGUACUUAGAAAAAAUGAUGGUACGCCCAAAUUCGGUGAUAACAGAUAUUUGGGAUUUCCUACACAAGGAAGUCACAGCUAUAAUAAUUGGAGAUAUUCCAGGCUAUGUGAGUAUAAGAAUAAGUUUUUCAGUAAGUUCCAAUAAUUAAUAUAUUCUUGCAGGAUAAGCCAUUCAUCGACUUUGGAGAGGUGAAAAUCAAGUGGUACUUAUACUCUUUGGAUAUCUAUGGACCAGUGAAACAUACCGAAGAAGAUGACGAUGGAAUUACAGUAAUGUCAACGCAGCUGAGUUUGCCUUCACCACAUCUGCUUAGCCUUUGGGAGAACCUCUACUAUGACAAUGAUAUAAAGCAGAAUUUGUUGAAUUAUGCUCGGACCAUGAUGGAAUUUGGAGACAGAGGGGUGGAUGGUAAUGUCAUAACUUGCAAUAAAGUGAUUUUACUCCAUGGACCCCCAGGAACUGGAAAAACUUCAUUGUGCAAAGCCUUGGCUCAAAAGUUGACUGUUCGUAUGCAAGAACGUUUCACUUCUGGGCUUCUCAUUGAGAUAAAUAGUCACAGCUUGUUCUCAAAGUGGUUUUCUGAGAGUGGCAAGUUGGUUAACAAAAUGUUUACAAAAAUCAGAGAAGUGGUUGAAAAUGCAAAUCUGUUAGUUUGUGUUUUGAUUGAUGAGGUUGAGUCAUUGGCCAGAGCAAGAGAGCAGUGUGUGUCAGGUGCUGAGCCUUCAGAUUCAAUAAGGGUUGUGAACACCUUACUAACUCAAAUAGAUGAAAUCAGAGCACACAAAAAUGUUCUGAUCUUUGCCACAUCGAACAUGACUGAGACUAUAGACCUAGCAUUUGUUGACAGAGCUGAUAUUAAACAGUUUCUUGGAUUACCUGCUAUACCAGCAAUUUAUAAGAUAUAUGUAACAUGUUUGGAAGAACUAAUGAAGGCUCAAAUAAUCAAAGGACAGCCAUUAGAUCAUAUAAAUGUACUGCAGCACGGGACUGAAAACCUUUCUGAAGAAACAAGGCAUCUUUUGAAGAUUUGUGAACAAAGCAAAGGCUUAAGUGGAAGGUCUUUAAGAAAAGUGCCUUUCAUAGCACAUGCUUUGUUCUUAGAUCAUCAACAUUUGACUACCCUUAAAGAGUUCUUGGUUGCAAUGGAGAAAGCUGUGCAUAAGGAGAUCACCGAAAGACAGUUUUUCAAUAAAGUUAAGAAAGAGGCUUAAAUAUUGUUAUUAAUUUGUUUCUUAGGCAAUCUAGUCUAUUUUUUAAUAGUUUUCGGAUAAUAUGUAUUAGCUUAUUGUAGGAGUAUAUUCUGAUUCUAUAAAUAGAACUAAGUAUCAAUCAAUUAAUUGUUAUUCGAGUUCUCAAUUGAAGCCUUUGGUGCAAAAAGGUGUUAAGUCAGAUUUUAUAGUUUGGAGAUAAUUGGCGUCAAAGUUUAAUUCCUGAAAAUUUUUAUUGAGUAGUGUUAGGGUUGCGUUCAUUAUUGAAGGUUAUUUUAGACAUAUAAAAGUAUCUCGAAUAGACAGUUUUGUUAAAAAAAUUGUUUUUAUCAGAAAUUUGUAAAAGAUUGUUGAAAAUCUGACUUAACACCUUUUUAAAAAACUGUUAAAUGAAAGUAGCCGAAAGGUGUUAAUUCAAUGUUAUUUAUUAAAAGUAAACAUUGUUCUUCUAUUCUUAUUACAAACUCACAAAAGUAAUAACAAAUAAACCACACACUAUAACUAAUCGCCUUCUCUUCUUAAAUUUUGAUAAAACCCUCUAAAAUUUGCUGGUAUUAAAAGAAUUUGUUCCUGAAUAUUAUCAAACUUUUUGACCACAAUAGGUCGUUUCUAUCGACUUUCAAUAAUAGUGGUUCAUUUUCUACUCUUCUAUCGAUAUUUCGCUGUUUUCUUAUAUCAACAUUAGCCCAAUUUUCCGUUUAAUUGUACUUGGUUAAACCAAAUUCUUCAAUCUGGAUCCACCUUUCAUCUCUGAAUGAAAAUUUCUCAUUAUUUGUAGUUUUUUUUUUCUAUCGAUCAGUUCAAGUUUUCUUGCAAGUUCUUUAAUAUCAACAAAUUUCUCCGCCAUUCUUGUAAUAUUAAAAGGUGUUUUUUUCCUGGCUUCUGCCAUGAUUGAAAUAUUGAUCCACCGUAUAAAUUAGUUGGUGCUUUCUGAUAGACUUUUCUACAGCUGCUUAUGGUCAAUUUUUUUGAACACUCCAGAAAUUAUUAGACAAUUUUAAAAAUUUCUAUUUUGGCCACCUGCCGAAUCACUCACGCAGUCAGAUGAUCGGAACCCAUAUGCCUUGGUUCGUGAUAUUUUCCAAAAAGGCCAUAAGGGAAGGCCAAUCUCUUCAGGACCUGGAUUUCCUUGGUAUUCGGUCCAGACGUGAAACAAAAAGCUUUACCAUUUGGUUGCUGUGUUGAUAUCAAAUGUAUUCCUAGAUUGUAGGGCCAUACUUUUCGUAAAUAGAAGGAUUAACUUGUAGAAAUUUACGGCAAGGGAAGCGUUUUUUGUAAAUCAAAUGUGAGGUAUAUGAUUUUUUCGUUUCUUUUUGCUAUUUCUCGAUCAGAUUUUUGUACAUCAAAAGCUUUUUUAUUCUUUGCAACUCCUCAUUCGAUGCUACAACGCAAACAUUUUUACAUUUUAAGCGAAAACUGAAUUAACUCUUUUCACCUAUAAUGCAAGAGUUAACACCUUUUACAGUUUUUAAGUUUUUGAUAUAGUUAACACUUUUGUGAAUCUCUGUAUCUAAGAACUGAGAGCCAUCUUUGUCCGGAUAGGUACUACCAAAAAAGCACCCUUUUAACACCUUUUUGCACCACAAAUCUUAGAAUCCGAAAAAUUGAGUUAACACAUUUUUGCACCAAUGUCUUCAAUUGUAUCUGAACAUACAACACUUUUUUUGAAUAACUGUUAAUCUUAUGAUGAUAAAAGUUUGUUGAAUUUUUAAUAUAAUUAGGCAUUGCUGAGCCCAUCAUCUG